GGCUCACUUUAUUAAAAAGUAGUACAUACCAAGAUUGCAGUGAUGUCAUACAUUUCUCAACUGUCUCUAUACAUAGUACAUGGGGAAAAUCUUCCAAUGUUCACUCUGGUUGUAACCGGUCCUCUCAGCCAAUCACGAUAGCUGGUAGCUUCUAGUUGAGAGCUUCAGAUAUUUAUGCUGUCAAUGCCGAUAGCUGUCUGUCUACCUACAUUUCGGAACCAUGGAUAGACCUGUCUUUCCAAUAAUUUUUUUUGUGUGUAAAUACUUCUCAAGCAAAUCCAUAUCUAUUUUUUGUUUAAGACACUUUAUUUAAUGUAUUUAAAUAUAGGUUCACGGGUCUCCGUGACGACUGCUCCAAGUCUUGCCAACGUUGUCCAACAAAGACUACUCGAUGCGCUGGCGUCGAUCUCGGCGCCCUAUGGACUCAGAUCAGGAGACUCCACCAGUACUCACUCUUGUGGCAAUAUUCGAGAAGUUCCCCAGAACCUGCGGUUUAGCUGGCUGAUGAAACCUAAGGGUCUUCCUGCAUAUUAUCAGAAAUAUACCGAGGCUUACAACAUACCCGUACUAGGCAGUGCUAAUGUUAGUGACAAUGCAAUGAAGAGAGCCUGCUAUGUCCUAAGAUUUUUGUUGGCUGAUCACUCUGCCAUGCGACAGUCUUUCUACAAGUUGUUUGGUCGAUUAGUCGUCAUUGGUGCAAGCGAAAAGGUGAACGCUGUCCCGGAAUAUAAACUCCUCCCAGAUUCGUGGAAUAACAGAACUCGCGGAUUAGGAGGAACGGAAACUCUUCCAGUGUCUUCUGGGGCGGAAGAAAAUCUUUUAUGUUAUGGGUCAAGCCAAGAUGUCUACUACGAAGAAGAUAUCCUAAUCCACGAGUUGACUCACGGUCUUCACUUCCUGGGAUCCAAACACGUCAUCCCUGGCUUUGAGUUCGCUCUGGAUCUCGCCUUUGAGAAAGCCACUCGCCUUGAAUUAUGGAAUAAUACUUAUAGUGCUGACUCAGUGGACGAAUAUUUGGCUGAAGGCGUCCAGAGCUAUUUCAGUUUCAAUGGCUUCAGAGACCCACCAGAUGGCAUUCAUGGUCCCAUAAAUACCCCCGAGAAACUACUAGUGUAUGACCCUUCCUUAUAUAAACUGGUACAGCUUAUGUUUCCAUGUCGUAAUACAUUCAUCAAGAGAUGCAACUCAACAAGAGAAGCAGAGAAUUCUCAAGUACUGACAAUGAAUUGUGAUCGAACAAGACAAUACCAAGUGAAAAUACAUGAGCUGGCAGCUCUGUCUGGACAACCCUGUCAAGACAAAAGCAAGUUUUGUACAGAUUGGGCUUUACAAGGGGAGUGCACUAACAAUCCUAGUUAUAUGGAGGACAAUUGCUUAAAGAGUUGUCUGUGGUGCAAACCUUGUCAAGACAAAAGCAACUUUUGUACGGAUUGGGCUUUAAAAGGGGAGUGCACAAACAAUCCUAGUUAUAUGGAGGAAAAUUGCCGAAAGAGUUGUCAGUGGUGUAACGUGAAAGAAAAUGUGACAACUUCACAAAACACUGUCAAUAAAAACUGCAUUGACCAGAAUACUUCAUGUCCAGAUUGGGCAGCCAGUGGGGAAUGUACGAACAAUUCUGAAUACAUGAACAUCAACUGCAAGCACAGCUGUGGCAUUUGUUAAUGAAAAUAUCUCGUGGAUCUGAAAAAUGAGAAUUAAUUCUAUUAGUUUGAAUAUUUGGAUUUAAGAGUUCAUGACAUUAUUAAGAAAAUAUUGAAUUUCAAUGUGUAAUCAACAGGAUUAAUUUCACAUAUUGUAGAAAAAUUAAAAAAAAACAUAUAUAAGAGAAAGAACUGCACAUUAAUGUCCCCCAUCUCGCAAUACUGUACUAUUUAUUUCCUUUUAAAAAAAUUAUUACUACUAUU